GGUUUCUUUUGCUGAGGUGUUUGUCAAUAUGGGUAUUUAGUCUUCAGCACAUUAACUAGCCAAGAGAAAUAGGCUGCCAUUUGGUUUGAUCAACUGCCCAUGACAGCCACAGGCUCCUGCAUCAUAUUUGCAGUGGAUAAUUUUGGUUGGACUCGAAGUUUUUACCCCUUCUUCUUAGCUGUUUUUGUUCUCUGAUACUCUUAUCUUCCAAUCAUCAUGCAGUAAUCUGAGAAGAAGAUUAUGGAAGAUAAGUGUGAAAUUGCCAAAGAUGUUACUGAAGUAACCUCUGGUCUUAAGAUUUUUUUCUUCAACUUCCAUGUUAUCUUUAAUGUCAAGUCACCGAAUCUUUCUUGUUUUCAAAACGAACAGCUAAUAGGAAAUACCCCAAUGGUAUACCUCAACAACAUUGUGGAUGGUUGUGUAGCCCGUAUCGCCGCCAAGUUAGAGAUGAUGGAACCUUGCUCAAGUGUGAAAGACAGGAUUGGGUAUAGUAUGAUAAAAGACGCAGAAGAGAAGGGUCUAAUUAUGCCUGGAAAGACAGUCCUCAUUGAGAUUACCAGUGGAAAUACCGGCAUUGGUCUGGCAUUCAUUGCAGCAGCUAAGGGCUAUAAACUUAUAACAGUUAUGCCACAUACAUAUAGCCUUGAAAGAAGGAUUCUCCUCCGAGCUUUUGGAGCAGAGUUGUAUAUUACAGAUGCUGCCAAAGGCUUUGAUGGGGUUAUUCAAAAAGCCCAAGAGAUACUGGGAAAGACACCCAACGGUUAUUUUCUUCGGCAAUUUGAGAAUCCUGCCAACCCAAAGAUUCACUAUGAAACCACUGGACCAGAAAUAUGGAAGGGCUCUGAGGGGAGAAUUGAUGCCCUGGUUGCUGGGAUAGGAACAGGGGGUACAGUGACUGGUGCAGGGAAGUACCUCAAGGAGAAAAAUCCUAACCUAAAGGUGUAUGGUGUAGAACCAACCGAAAGUGCUAUUCUGAAUGGAGAAAAACCAGGGUCUUCUAUUAGAAUUGAGAAGCAGCUAAGUUUCAUAGAGUCUGGUAUGCUUUUGAGCUCUGGGGUAUGGGCUGGUAUCUAG